AUGGAUUACAUGAAUUUAGGAGUGAAAUCCCGUAAAACAGGCAUUCAAGUCAAGGGCAAUAUAGGUCGAGAUGAGUACUCCAUGGAAAACAUAGACGAAUUUUUUAAGGAUGAUGACACACUCAUCUCGGCAAGAAGGAAAAGCAGGAGGUCAUCCUUGCUGCCUCUCUCUAAGAAAUUUUUACCUGAGGACUUUAGCGAGACUUCGAGGAGAAGCUCAAACUAUCUUCCUCCAAGCGUACCCACUAUACAGGAAGAAGAUGACGAAAAUCUACACGAGGGGAGUGAUGAGCCCGCAGGCGGACUAGAAAUCAACGAAACCCUCAGUCGCGCAGUGGAGGAUAACAGGAUUCAUCAGGAGCUCUCAGAAAUCCCUACCGGCGAUCACGAGCGCCGGCUUAGGCAGCCCGCAGAAAAAAGUUAUGAGCCAGAUUACAGAGCUGAGGAUGAUUUCACAACGGACGCAGUUGUGCCCCAAACCCCACCCUCAGACUACGGGAACGAGAGCUAUCGAGACGUGCCGGACUUGGUGGCUGAUGAUGACGAUGACGUUUCUCACGGAAAUACAACUUUCAAUACAUCUGACAACGCACUCCUAGAGGAUGAACUGCAACGAGAGGUGCGGGCAGAAAGCGAGGAAGACAGAGAUUAUAUUGAAAGGUACUCUAAUACAGAAAAUAGUGAUAGCAGUGAACUUGAAGAUGAAGACAACAGUGACACAAAUUCCCCCUACGAAACACACUCCGCUCAAAGUUAUAAUACGAGAGUUCAGCCGGCACUUUCUGUUUCACGAGGGAGGCACCCCCUGUCUGAACCACAAGAAUUGAGCGAUACUUCUGAUGAGGAGUUUAUUUAUGACCAAGCCCGAGAACUGGCAAGUGAGAAUAGUUUCACAACAUCAGCGGGCUUGCGAAAGUCAAAGCGAGUAAAAGUUGCCCCAUUAGAAUAUUGGAGAAACGAAAAGGUUGUUUACAAGCGCAAAUCAAGGAAGCCUGUUUUGGAAAUCGAUAAAAUUAUCACGUAUGAAGAUGAAGAUGACGAGGAAGAAGAAAUAUCACGGAGAAGGAAGAGCUCAAAAAAGCCGCCUUACAAUUAUGGUACUUCUGGAAAACCGCGCGGCCGCCCUAGGAAAAGUAAGACUACAAACAGUGCUUCUUCCUCAGGCCUUCAAAAUCCCAAUGAGGAUUUGAUAUCCAAGAUCAGAACAGGGGAUACUCAAUGCUCUAGUUGGAUGCGUCGAGGUGUUUUCAAAGCCUCGGUUAAAUCUUCUUUCCAUGGAAAGGAAGAAAACGAAGAACUUUUGGCAUGCGCACCUGACUCGGUACACACCGAACAACGAAGAAAAACAGCAGACGAGGAUUUUUCAUUAGCCGUUCUUUUCGACCAGCACAGGGAUCUCUUUGCUAGUGGUUUCUUGACCAUCCCUACAGGAUCAUGUAAAAAGCUCUCUGACUCCCGCAACGCGUUCAUAAACUUCUACCUGAUUCAGGGUGUGAUCGAGGUGACGGUAGGCAGAAACAAACUUCUGUGCACAGAUGGAACCUCGUUUCAAAUUCCUGCGUUCAACGAAUAUGCUUUUCGUAAUAAAGGGAAGAACGACGCCAAAAUGUAUUUCGUGCAAACGACUAUUUUUCCCCGCCUAUCGCAAGCUCGGGGAAUAAGGAAUCUAAGUCGCAGCCCUGCCGAAGCUAGGGAUAAUCAAAUUCCAAAAUCGACAACUUCGCCAAGUGACAUGAGUAUUUCGGAGCUUUAA